AUGAAGAGGAGUUAUGGAUCCAAGUGUUCGACAACUUCAUCUUCAUCUUCUCAAAUUCGAAGUUCUGAAUCUGUGCCAAGAAUUUGCGGAUGUGGGGAAACUUUGUUGCUUUUGAAAGCAACUACCCAGAAAAACAAUGGGAGAUUUUUUUGGAGAUGUAAAAACUGGGCUAAUGACAGAAAUUGUAGGUUCUUCCAAUGGGCUGAUGAAGUUGAACCUGAAAAGGAAGUAACAAUAGAGAAAAACGAGGAGGACAGUGUUUGUGUUAAUGAAAGAAUGCUUGUAGAUGUGUUACAGAAGAAUGCUAAGUUGAAGAAGAAGUUGAUCGAAGAGAGAAAAAUGGGUCAAUUGAAGAUGUGUGCAUUCCUUGUAUCAUGGGCAUUCACUGUUAUGUUUUGUGUUUUUUUUGUGAUGAAGAUCAACUGUAACGGGUACGGGUAG